UACCAUACCCACAAUCCUUCAGCACUUUGCGGCAAAAAAUAUAAAUAAAUAAAUAAAUAAAUAGAGCUGCCAGCGGUUAUCCAGUGGAGACUGAUAAACAGGUGUCGAAUGCCAAAGCAAGUUUGAUGAUGGAGAGUGGACUGACGGAUGACAAUUUAAACCAUCAGACCAGAGGGAGACAGAAGAAAAAACUGUCUCGGGAUGAACGCACAGAAAAAUCAGAUAAACCCACUGAAGCAGCGCCCACUGUGUCUAUAGCUUUGGCUAAAGCCAAGGCAGAGACUGACACCUGGAAGAUGAAAUGUCAGUAUCUGCAGGAGAAAAUAGAAGAUUUAACAAAAGAUUGAGAUUUCUUUAGACAACAGCUGUCAGAAGCCAUCAAAAUGGACAACAACAUUCCUGACAGAAUUAAAGAUAAGCCUGCAGACAUCCCCAAAAGAAUGAAAAUCGAUUCAGAAAGUGACUCUGAUUCUGAAGACUCAGAGUCAUCUAGCUUAGACUCUUCGAGGGAGAAGAAGAAAAGAAAGAAGAAGGGAAAGAAAGCAAAGAAAGGGGUGAAAAAACAGAAAAAAAACAAGCAAAUGAGUAAAUUCUGUCAAAGGGUUACUGAUCCAUGGCAGGUGGUAAAGCGGUACAAAUCAGUCCUGGAGUUUUUCAAAAGAGGAAGCAACAUGGCAGAAGCUUUCCGGAAGUAUGGUGUUGACCGGAACACAAUCGUGCAGAAUGCAGCUAUUGCUGAACUGGCGAUUGCAGCACCAGAGAAAUAUGCAGAAAUCCAUGAAAAACAGGAAAAGGGAGAGAAAUUAUCAAACAUAACCCAGAAAUGUCAAUACGCAAUCAUGGCCGAUGAGAACAUUGCAAACAUAAUACAAACAAUGAAAACGGAUGGGAAGUUGCUUCCAAUAAGAAAAUAGUCAAUUUUCAUGUUAUAAAAAGUCGCAAAAAAAAAAAGAACCAUAUACAUGUUUUCCAUGUUUAUUACAAUAAUAUAUUUUGCCUUGUUUAGGUCUGAAUUGAUAGGGCAGCACAUUUUGUUUUAUCCUUAAAAAUGUUGUUUUGUACGUUUUUGUGGCGAGGUGGGCGUGGGAAGCCGAAAAUACUGCAGCGGGAGAAAGAAUGUGGGGACGAGCGGUAAUAAGGAGGUCAAAUGAUUAAUGAUUAACACCUGUUUGUAAUUCCAGUGAUUGGUGAGCGAGAAUUUAUAAGCGCCGAGCAGACCGGCGAGGGGAGGCUGGAUCUAUGAGAGAGCAGAGCUGAGCAGUGUGUGUGUGCGCGUAAAAUAUAUGUUUAAAGGCAGAGAGCCGAGCCGCAGUUUACUUUUGUUUAUCCUGUUUAAUUUUGAUUUAAUAAAGAGCAUUUUUCGCCACCCCUGUCUUCCUUGUCCAUUAUCUAACGAACUGUUUUACACUGGUGCCGAAACCCGGGACAAGGAAGCCGGCACGCCGCCAUGCAGCCAGCGACAGCAACGCCACUUGCGGAGCUGUUGAAGUCACUCGCCGGUCUUCACCAAACCCAACAUCAGGCGCUGAUGGACCUAAAGUUGGAGCAGGAGGAUCGCUUCCGGCUGUUGGUCCAAGCCCAGGAUGAAGACCGGCGAGUCCUUCGGAGCUUCCUAGGCCGGGAGGGUGCCCCAGCAGCAGUCUCCUCCUUAGCGCACGUCCCGCUGAUGAAGAUGGGUCCACAAGACGAUCCGGAGGUGUUUGUGGAUCUCUUUGAGAGAACAGCGGAGGCGUUUGGCUGGGAGCGCACCCAAUGGCCGGUGCGCCUCAUCCCACUGCUGACUGACCCUUCGAGAGAAUUGGU